AUGAUCGCUCUGGCAAUACUACUCAGUGUUCUGCUCAUUUUAAUUGCUUACAUUGGCCGUUUAUUGAGUGAACAUUUCAAUUACUGGCGUCAUCAGGGUGUUGCCUGUGAACCGCCCAAUUGGCUGCUGGGCAAUUUAAGGGGUCUCUCGACGAGUCGUUCCUUUAAUCAAAUCAUCAGGGAAUACUAUGAGAAAUAUAGAAAUUCCGCUGGACCCUUUGCUGGGUUCUAUUGGCUACAUAAGAAGGCGGUUUUUGUCUUGGAUCCGGAAUUGAUCAAACAGAUUCUCAUUAAGGAUUUCAACAAAUUCACCGAUCGUGGCUUCUUUAGCAACGAAGAGGAUGAUCCCCUGUCGGGCCAGUUGAUCAACUUGAGUGGCAAUAAAUGGCGGAAUAUGAGAAACAAAUUAUCUCCUGCCUUUACAUCUGGCCGCAUGAAGGCCAUGUUUCCAUUGGUCAUAAAAUUGGGUUACGAUUUGGUUGAGGUGGUGGGUGAGCGUUUGAAAAACCACGACGAUGUGGUGGAAGUUCGCGAUUUGGCAGCCUUUUUUACCAGCGAUGUCAUUGGCACCUGUGCCUUUGGUCUCAACAUGAAUUGCAUGAAAAAUUCCGAUGCGGAAUUUUUAAAAAUGGGCCGCAAAGCCCUGAAUGAGCAGCGCUACGGGACCUUGGGAUUUGUACUACGUUUCAGUUUUCCCGAUCUUUGUCGUCGGCUGCACAUGAAAGAGACCCUGGACGAUGUGGAGAAAUAUUUUAUGCAAAUUGUCCAAGAGACCGUGGACUAUCGUGAGCGGGAGAAUGUAAAGAGAAACGAUUUUAUGGAUAUGUUAAUCGAUUUGAAAAAUAAUAAGCUGAUAAAGGAUGAGUCGGGAGAGGAGUUCAUCAACUUGACAUUUGGUCAAAUUGCCGCGCAGGCUUUUGUUUUUCUGCUGGCCGGCUUCGAAACCUCAUCGACAACAAUGAGUUUUGCCCUCUAUGAAUUGGCGCAGCAUUUGGAGGUGCAACAGAGGGCGAGGGAGGAAGUGGGGAACGUUUUGAAGGCCCAUAAUGGGACAUUUGAUUAUGAGUGCUUAAAGGAAAUGGUGUAUUUGGAGCAGGUGAUACAGGAAACCCUGCGCUUCUACACCACCAUACCCACCAUUAAUCGUCUGGCUUCCGAAGACUAUGUGGUCGCCGAUAAUCCCAAAUAUGUCAUCAAAAAAGGCAUGGCUGUUGUUAUACCCGCCGCAGCUCUGCAUCGCGAUGAACGUUACUAUCCCCAACCGGAUGUUUUUAAUCCCGAACAUUUUACCGCUUCUCAAGUUGCCGAACGUGAUUCGGUGUUAAAUUUAUCCUUCGGUGAUGGUCCCCGCAACUGUAUCGGCAUGCGUUUUGGUAAAAUGCAAGCUAUGAUCGGAUUGGCAUUGCUGUUGAAGAACUUCCGUUUCACGGUCUGUGAAAAAACUCAAAUUCCAUUGAAGUUGGAUAAGAAGAGCAUCAUUGUGGCGCCGGAGAGCGGUAUUUAUUUGCGUGUGGAGAGGAUUUGAAGAGAAGGGAAUGAAAUAUAAUUGUGGGAUUAUUUACAGUUCUGCUCAGAGCCGUGUGCUAGCACAUGAGGCCGCAAAAGAGAGCAUUUGAGAGAAAAUUAAUAUUUUAUUUAACGAAAUUUAUAACUAACAAUAAAGAAAUAAAUAAUGUUUUAACACUUA